UUGGAAUCAUCCGUCGUAUUCCGGUAGAAAAUAAUCGCCGAAUCGCUAUCUCCUCGGCCGUCGGGGACAUGGGAGAUGUGAAGAAGAAAUGGAGCGUUACGUACACGAAGCAUCUUAAGCAGAAGCGAAAAGUUUAUCAAGAUGGAUUCUUAGAGCUUCAAUCCUCCAGCCACAAGGUAAUGCUCUAUGAUGAUUGUGAGAAGCUGUUAGGCGUUAAGAUUUUGAAGAACGAUAAUGAUGUCAAACCAGGCGAAACACUGGCAUUUGAUUCUUACCUUGUUGAUAUUGGUGAUCCUCACGGUGAUUACAAACCUAUACCCAUAUUUAAUAGUACUAAACUGAUGAAAAAGGAAGUUCCUGAGGAAUCUGGGCUGUUGCAUUCUGGAAAAAGAUCAGCUGCUGCUGAUAAUAGGAAAUCUAAUCUGGGGAAAAGGAUAGCAUUGGCAAGUACUCUAAGCCCAUCACAAAAGAUUAUCAGAGAGUUCAAGAAGAAUGAAGUACAUAAAUAUAAUUCUUCUCCAAGUUUUCUUGACAUGACAAAGUCAAGCACAGAAGAAUGGCAGGUAUUGUACACAACACAAAUGACUCAAAAGUCAAAGAAAUUCCAUGAUGGAUUUUUACAACUUGUGAUGUCUAGCUCACAUUGCAAACAGAUCAUGCUGUAUGAUGCAACCAGGAGACUCCUUGAUAGCAGGUUUCUGAGAAAGAGCGAGAGCAUCAUGUCUGGCAACUCGGUAACAUUUGAUGGUCACUUAGUGGAGAUAGGAGAAUGUGAGGAGGACCAAAAUCCUCGACAGGACAUUAGUCCUCAAGGAAAACAUAUCAUGGAACUUGUGAAAAGAGGACCAAUACGUGGGGAAGUCACUGUCCACGAUAAGUUUGCCGCUGAAUGGGAUGUCAUGUAUACUACUCAAAUAACUCAGAGGGCAAAAAAGUACAGCAAUGGAAUCCUUAGAUUUUCAUCCUGUGGUUCCUACCAAUCUCAGGUUACUCUACUUACAGAAGACGGGAUCAUACUAUGCCGAAGGUUUCUCAAGUUAUCAGAACAUGUCACAACUGGAACUACACUGAAUCUGCCAAAUUACUUGGUUGAUGUUGGUGACAUAAGGACAAGUCCAGAAGGAAAACCUCAAAAUGGUGCUUCUUCCCAAGAGCAUGCACAACCUGACAUUAAAAUAUCUGGACUCGACAAAAUCAAAUUAAGUAGGAGAAUAUCCUCUAACAAGCCAAUUCCUAAUAGGGAACCUCAAAUUGGAGCUUGUUCACUGGAACAUGUGGAUUCGAAGACUGCAAGUGUUAACAACUCUACAAGUUGUCAGAUAUCCAAAACUAACUCUGUUCGUGCAGCCCACGAAAUCUUGUCCUUUCUUAGAAAACCCGUCACUUCGGAAGGUGCUGUCACAGUAAGGGACAACACAUAUGCAGAUGAAUGCCAACUACUGCAGUCAUCAAGUCUUGCUUGCAGUGUUGUUAAGAGUCAAACAGAGGAACAUCUGCCUCAAGGCAUCAAUGCUGAAGGUAGUUCACCAGAGCAUAGGGAAGAAGGAAUUAUCAUGGCGCACAUCUCAGAGAUGAAAGUUACUGAUGCAUUCCGAUCGGACGGCAUAUCCCAAUCAUUGGAUUGUUCCAACCAAAGAGUAUCUCAUACUCAUUCAUCAGGCUUGUCAGCAGGAUUAGCAGCAGCGGAUAUAUGGUCGUGUGAUAUAGAAUACGCUCUCACAGAGAGGUCCCCAACUGCGAAGCAGAAGCAUUUGGCUAUUCCCGAGUCAGACUCUAAGGGUCAAGCAGUUGAAAUACUCUGCCACGACAGGUCUAACAAAAUUUCAGAAAUCGAGGAAGUAUCUGAGUCAGUCUCUUACCAAGAUAAUCCUAGUGGCUCAAUGCCUGCAUUAACAGAUGUCUGCACCUUAACUCAUACGUCCAACAAGCCUUCUGCGGAUUACAAGCAGAUCGAUACCCAAUGGCAAGAGGGAUUUUCUGGUGUGAUCAGUGAUGCUUCAAAUGAUUCGGCUCCACAGUCCCCUUGUAUCUCAACUAAGAUAAAAUCUGAGCAUGACAUCAGUGCAAGCAAAAUGGAUGAUUUUCCGAGUUUUGAUCUUGGAUUUGACUAGGAUUAUUGUUAUUUCGUUCUUUUCCAUGUAUCAGCAAAGUACC